GUCAGUGAUGCUGUGGGGCUGUUUCACUUCCAAAGGCCCUGGGAACCUUAUUAGGGUGCAUGGCAUCAUGAAUGCUUUGAAAUACCAGGACAUUUUAAAUCAAAAUCUGUUGCCCUCUGCCCGAAAGCUGAAGAUGGGUCGUCACUGGGUCUUUCAGCAAGACAAUGACCCUAAACAUAUGGCCAAAUCUACACAGAAAAGGUUCACCAGACACAAAAUCAAGCUCCUCCCAUGGCCAUCUCAGUCCCCAGACCUUGUUUUUUGGCAAAAGGGGGUUGUACAAAGUAUUAACACCAGGGGUGCUAAUAAUUGUGACACACAUUAUUUGAUGUCAAAUAAUUUUUUCUUUAUGUGGGAUUUUUCCCCACUGAAUGAAUGCACUUGUAUUGAAGGUUGGAUUUUUCUUUUUUUCCAUUAAGGUCCCAUAUUAUUUGAAUUAAAAAAAUAUAUAUUAGAAACUAAAAACCACAUCUUUUUCAGUGGUGCCAAUAAUUAUGGAGGGCACUGUAUAACUGCAAUCAUUUUCUGGGAGAAAUUGUUUGUUAUUAUCUGUUAUUAUCUGACAGAAUUGCAGGGGUACCAAUAUUUUUGGCCAGCACUGUAUGUCAGUGGUCCACAACCUUUUUGUAGCACGGACCGUUGUGAUGUGGGCCUUUUUGCACCACGGACCGGCAAUGUGUGGCAGAAAAAUACAGUAAAUAUUUAAAAAAAAAACAAAAAAAAAAACAACAACAACAACGCUAAAAUCCACUAUUAAGUGCAGAGAAAGUGUAAUUCACCAGACACUGAAUCAAUCUUUUUUAGCAGCGGCCUCUCUUAAAACUUGAUGGCAAAUAUCCUUGUUCGCAGGCAUAAUAAAUUUUUCAUCAAUUGUAAAAGGUUUCUUGGCUUUAGCAUUAAGGUUUGCCACAAGGUACUGUAUGAUGCUCUCAGUCCAUUCGCUUUUGUUGAUGUGGUAGCACUCACUAAUUGUUCCUGUCCUUGGUGCUCGCGCUUUAUUGUUUCAAAAUUUCCAAUAGCUUAUCCACUAUUCCAGUGUGCUUAGUCUAUAUGUGUCGAAGCUGCUUCAUUGCCUCAUUUGCUAACUUUUGGCUCAAUAUUAUGCAGAGUGGACUUGGCGUUAACUCCUCUUCUGACUCGCCAGGGGGCCUUUUUGCCGUAAAAAGCUGUCUAAAUACGUCUGUUUAUCAGUCAUCUUCGCAAGCGUGUUGGCUUAUUAUUUCCGGGAACAAAUCUGAUGCACCCACGUCAUACGUCAUUAUCGAGGACAAGCACACCUAGAUAUAAAAGACGCUGGCUCCAAUUGAUUUCUAUGAUGACAUUCUGUCCAGUUUUAUUAUAUAUAUUGACCUGUGUUGUCAGUAACGCGUUACUGUAAUCUGAUUACGUUCUUUCAGUAACGAACAAUCUCACGCAUUCAUUUUUCCAAACCAGUAAUCUGAAUAAGUUGGUUUCCUUAGUGUCUGUGCGUUACUAUUUUGUUAUUGUCUGAUAAUGUAUGUAGAAUGAAGAAUAUUGUAAUCAUGUACGAAGAGUAUUUUGAAUAAAAAAUGUAAGAAAAGUUCCUAAAGGUUCAUGGUAACCGCUCAUAGUUACUUCCUGUUUUGGUUCGAGUCACAUGCGCUAAGUGUUUUGGUACUGAGAAAGUCGUGAUGAACGCGGGUACCUGCCACCUGUUAAGAUGUGCGAGGAAAUGUUAAUUUGUUUGCGUCCAUGAAUGAACGUAUUUUUCCUUCAUUCUAAAGGUGUUCCAGCGAUAGGUUGAAGCUGCUACAUGAGCGGCUGUUUUGUAGCUUUGCGGUUGCAACGGUGGGUAGUCAUUGCUCCAAGUCGGCAAGCAUUGUUUACAUCAUAUUCUUGUUGCACAUUUACGCCGUGAGGUGACGUGUUCGUUUAGCUUCUUUGGGAUGUGUUUUAAGUCCGAUUAAGUGUAGACUGCUUGUGCGAUGUUCAGUAUUUUUCACAUUCGGCUUAAUCUUUGAGUUUGAGGGGGUUUAAUCAGUUGGUGGAGUUGAUUUCAAUAAAUUCCACGUAGUUUGUCAGUUAUUUGUUAGUUUCAAGGCUCCUGAAUGGAUAAGCUAGCGCGAGUCAAUGGUGGUUGGAACUAACUCCAUCGACUUAAUUAAACCCCAGCUAACUCAAAGAUUAACCCUUAUGUGAAAAAUUCUAAUCUCCCUCUUUAAAUUCAAUUAUCAGAAAGUCAAUACAGGUGAUGACAUUUUUUCUGUUGUCAUUCUUAUGUUAAGACUGCAAAGGGAAAAAAUUUUAUAAAAAGUAACUGAUAAAUUACUUUUGGAGUAACUUAGUUACUUCGAUAAUAAAGUAAUCAGUAAAGUAACUAGAUUACUUUUUGCAGGUGUAAUCAGUAAUUUUUCAAGUAAUAAGUAACCACACUGCUAUUGACUAAUCUACAAGAGAAUCGUUAGAUAAGCUGCCAAACGAGUUCAAGGAAUUGAAACGCACAGAACCGAUUCUCUAUAGGAAUCGGUUCUCGAUUCCCAUCCCUAGAAAGAAGCUUUGAAUUAAAUUUUGCUGCUUCGAGGAUUGGUUUGUUUUUAAAGUGUUUGCAGUUUUAUUGAGUUGGGUGGAUACACUGCCCUCUAGUGGCAACAGUGAAUAUGACACAACUUGUCUAACAUGGCUGAAUCCAGCUGCUCCCUGUUAAGACCAAUAUCAGGUAAGGUUUUGUUUCAGCUAAUGUGUUUGUUUAUGCGUUCGUUAUUUAUUUUAGAAGUAUAUUUAAGUUUUUUGUUGGAAUAUGUGUUUGAACAAUAUUAGCAUUGCAAAAAAAGUUAAAAAAAAAAAAAAAUCAUAGCAUUUAAGCUAGUGGACUUUUGUUAUACAAGUUUGUUGUACUUAAAUCCUCAUUUAUUUAUUUUUUAAUGGUAUUUGAGGCUAGGAUCAGGUAUUUUGAUUUAUUUUUAAAUGCAUUUAUUGCUCUUUUGAAAUGAAAGUGCAAUCCUGCAUAGUUUGAGGAAACACUCGGGAAUUUCAUUUUUUAUUCACAUUUAAUGCUCUUUUGAAUGUGUAAUCAUAGCAAGCCAAAACAAAUUCUAUUGCAGUCAUAAACACGUGUUUGUUUUACAUAUCCUAAAAUAACUGCAAGAAUAAUGCCGCCGUAAAAAUCUGAGACUUUUCAUUUACAUCUUUGUAUGAAAGUUACAAAAUCAAUGGAACGUCUAUUUCCCCCACUGUAUGUCGCGUCAACAUUUGGACUUGAGCAGUCCUCGCUUCCACGGCAGCCGACAUAUUUGCAGUGUGAGCUCAAUAAACAGGAUGUUAAUUGACCUUUUUUUUCUAGUCUUUUGAACGACGUCACGCUUCCUUCACUCUUGUCGUGUGCGUGUCCGCGCCGAUUCGUUUCCUCUUUUCUUGGCAAACGCCUACUUCCUCCUCACGCUCCCUCUUCCUGUGGACCGUCGGCCGCAAACGAUCACAAGCGUGACAAAAUGCUGAGGCCCAAAAGUUUAGUUCUCUGGAUGACUUUUUGACUCGCUUGAGCAGUUUGGAAUAGACUGGGAGCUGCUAGAGCAGGAGCGGAUGAGUCGAAUCCGGCGUUAGACGACAAGGCACAGGAGCACAAAGGCCACCAUGCCGCCGCCGCCCGACACCGUCAAGGUGGCCAUUGAGUGGCCGGGGGCCUUCCCCAAGCUCAUGGAGAUCGACCAGAAAAAGCCUCUCUCUGCCAUCAUCAAAGAAGUGUGCGAGGGUUGGUCUCUGGGCAACCAUGAAAAUUUUGCACUGCAAAUUGCCGACACCAAUUUCUACAUCACAGAAAAGAAUCGCAAUGAAAUCAAGAAUGGCUCCAUCCUGCGCUUGACCACAUCGCCUCACCAGACGGCGGCGCAGCUCCACGAGCGUAUUCAGUCGUCCAGCAUGGACGCCAAGCUGGAGGCGCUGAAGGACCUGGCCAGCGCGUCGCGGGACAUCACCUUCGCCUUGGAGUUCAUCAGCAUGGACGGCAUCUUGCUGCUCACGCAGAUGGUCGAGAGCGGCACCGAGCGCUAUCAGAAACUCCAGAAGAUUAUGAAACCUUGUUUCGGCGACCUGCUUUCCUUCACGCUCACCGCCUUCGUGGAGCUGAUGGACCACGGCAUCGUCUCCUGGGAUACUUUUUCCGUGGCUUUCAUCAAGAAGAUCGCCAGCUACGUCAACAAGUCGGCCAUGGACACGGCUGUGCUGCAGCGUUCGCUGGCCAUCCUGGAGUCCAUGGUGCUUAAUAGCCAGGAUCUCUACCACAAAGUGGCGCAGGAGAUCACCAUUGGGCAGCUCAUACCGCACCUACAAGGGACGGACCAGGACAUCCAGACGUACACCAUCGCUGUCAUCAACGCGCUCUUCCUGAAAGCGCCCGAGGAAAGAAGACAAUUUGAUGAGCACAUUGUGGACAUCCUAAAUUGUCCCCUGACAGAGAUGGCUCACAUCUUGGCCCAGAAGCAACUGCGCUCCGUCAUCCUCAGCAGCGUCAUCCGAGGCCCCACGCCCAUCAACGACGAGAUGGCGCAUCAGCUCUACGUUCUGCAGGUUCUCACCUUUAAUCUGCUGGAGGACCGCAUGAUGACCAAGAUGGACCCCCAGGACCAGGCUCAGCGUGACAUCAUCUUCGAACUGCGUCGGAUCGCCUUCGACGUGGAGUGCGAGGCCAACAACGGCGGCAGCAUGGAGAAGCGUAAAUCCAUGUACACGCGAGACUACAAGAAGCUGGGCUUCAUCAACCAUGUGAACCCGGCAGUGGAUUUCACCCAGAUUCCUCCCGGAAUGCUGGCACUGGACAACAUGCUGUAUUUCGCCAGGCACCACCAGGAUGCUUACAUCAGGAUUGUCCUGGAGAACAGCAGUCGGGAAGACAAGCACGAAUGUCCGUUUGGCCGCAGCAGUAUCGAACUUACAAAGAUGCUCUGCGAGAUCCUUAAAGUGGGAGAGCUGCCGGGUGAGAACUGCCACGACUUCCAUCCGAUGUUCUUUACGCACGACCGAUCCUUCGAGGAGUUCUUCUGCAUCUGCAUCCAGCUGCUCAACAAGACUUGGAAGGAGAUGAGAGCCACCAGCGAAGACUUCAAUAAGGUCAUGCAGGUGGUUCGGGAGCAGAUCAUGCGAGCCCUGACGCUGAAGCCUAACUCGCUGGACCAGUUCAAGAGUCGCCUGCAGAACCUGAGUUACGCGGAGAUACUCAAGAUACGACAGUCAGAGAGGAUGAAUCAGGAGGACUUCCAGUCCCGCCCCAUCCUGGAGCUGAGGGAGAAGAUCCAGCCGGAGAUAAUGGAGCUGAUCAAACAACAGAGGCUUAAUCGACUGUGUGAAGGAACGUGUUUCAGGAAGAUCAGCAGUCGCAGGAGACAAGACAAAUUCUGGUACUGCCGGCUGUCCCCCAACCACAAGGUCCUGCACUACGGGGAUCUGGAGGAGAGUCCCCAGGGGGAGGUACCCCACGACUCCCUGCAGGACAAACUGCCCGUGGCAGACAUUAAGGCCGUCAUCACAGGAAAAGACUGUCCUCACAUGAAAGAGAAGGGUGCUCUCAAGCAGAACAAGGAGGUGUUGGAGUUAGCCUUCUCAAUCCUUUAUGAGUCGGAUGAGUAUUUAAACUUUAUCGCACCAGACAAGCACGAGUACUGCGUGUGGACCGAUGGUCUGAACGCGCUCCUGGGCAAGGAGAUGACCAGCGACUACACCAAAUCCGACAUGGACACGCUGCUCUCCAUGGAGAUGAAGCUACGCCUACUGGACCUGGAAAACAUCCAGAUCCCUGAAGCGCCGCCCCCUAUUCCCAAAGAGCCCAGCAACUAUGACUUUGUUUACGAUUGUAACUAGCUUUUGCUUAGCCCUGCUGUACUCACUGGACCUUUUUUUUCCCCGCCUUUCUUGUUUUCCUACCUUAAAACUGGAUGAUUCCAAGAACUGUGAUUGAGGGUUUUUUCCGUCCGUCACCAUGGAGAUGCGAAGAAACCAGGAAGUCUUACCUUAAAUUUUUUCUAUGAUUUGUCCUCAGGGCUUUUGUGCAGGGAGGGGCGGCCAUGUUAAUUGUAGUCCACUUAUUUACUGUCACAUGACACUCCGAGUUCCACCGUAAUUGUGGCAGCUAAAUGUUUCCCCACACCACAAACUGGUCACUUCUUGUCCGCUCAAGACUGUUACAACAGUGUUUGCUGUCACAAAUUCCCUAAACGACUGCUGUAUGCCACAUUCCUGAGCAAUAUUUACUUUAUCAUUUUGUGUUCUUAAUUGUAAAGCUGUUAAUGAAGAUUUCUGGGAGGAAAGGGAAGCUCAUGUCUUGAAGAAAAAAAUUGAAAGUUAAUGUAUUGUUUUUAUUUAAAAAAAGAUCAUGGUUGUGAUUUCUAGUAUGAUUUUUUUUAUAUAUAAAAAUACAGUAUUUACACCCCCUUACAUAUGCAUUCCUCCAAUUCCCUUUCUAUUUAAACCAGUCACAUUUUGUCUUUAGGAUUUUUCCCAAGUCCCACAAAACUGCUGUUUACAUUAAAGGUUGAAAGAUGUAAAGUGCAUUACUCUCUUUGUUAAUGACAAAUUCACCAUAUCAGUGCUCUGGAAAGGUAGAAAUUAAAAGAACCCCAAAAGAGUCAAAAAUAACAUUGUGUUAUAUUGAUAAAAGCGUUUUUCACAAUGUAUUUGACAGAAUACAUAAGACCAGAGA